AUGAAGCUGUCCCUGGAUUUGGUGAGGGAAUGGAUGGAGGAGCACGCGGGGCCGGCGAUGACGCCCGGCGGAGGCGACGAGGAGAGGGACCUCACCAUCAGCGGCCUCGCCACGUACCAGCCAUAUGACGGGAUACUUGCCUUGAAGAUGGCUCUUGCUGGAUUUAUGAGGCAAAUAAUGCAAGAGUCAGUAUCCUUUGAUCCAUCUCAAAUGGUGAUAACAUCUGGUGCGACGCCUGCAAUGGAAAUACUGAGCUUCUGUCUUGCUGAUCCAGGAAAUGCAUUUCUUGUUCCGUCACCAUACUACCCUGGAUGGGACCGGGACAUAAAAUGGCGAACUGGUAUUGAGUUGAUACCCGUUCCUUGCCGUAGCACCGACAACUUUAACAUCAGUAUCACUGCUCUAGAAAUAGCCUAUAACCAGGCAAAGAAGCGAGGAGUAAGGGUUCGUGGGGUUCUCAUAUCUAAUCCUUCCAACCCUACAGGAAGCUUUGUACCCAAGCAAACACUGCGUGAUCUUCUGGACUUUGCUACAGAGAAGAACAUACACUUAAUUUCUGAUGAAGUGUUUGCCGGUUCAACAUUUGGAAGUGGUGAAUUUGUCAGUGUGGCUGAGGUUGUGAACGAGCUAGAAGACUUUGACAGAGGCAGGGUUCACAUAAUCUAUGGACUCUCAAAAGACCUAUCUCUUGCAGGGUUUCGAGUUGGAGUCAUAUAUUCGUAUAACGAAAGCAUUGUGGAGGCAGCUGCCAAGAUUGCCAGAUUCUCAUCUGUGUCGACCCCGACCCAGCGCCUUCUUGUUGACAUGCUUUCGGACCAGAAGUUUAUUUCAAAUUACCUGAAAGUUAACAGAGAGAGGCUGCGCAAGGCGUACAAUCUGCUCGUUGAUGCUUUGAAACAGGUGGGCAUCGAGUGCUUCAAGAGCAGCGGAGGGUUCUACUGCUGGGCAGACAUGAGCAAGUUCAUCCGGUCUUACAGCGAGAAAGGGGAACGCAGUCUUUGGGACAGGCUAUUGGAGGAGGCGAAGGUCAAUGUCACCCCAGGUUCAUCUUGCCAUUGCAUUGAGCCUGGUUGGUUUAGGUGCUGUUUCACAACGUUGAGGGAGCAGGAUAUUCCUGUGGUGGUGGAAAGGCUUAGGAGGAUCACAGAUGGCCACAAAUCAAACCGCUGA